GGGACUGCUGAACUUCAGCCUUGCUUAGUGAGGAGAUUUUUUUGUCUUUAUGGUUUUAAUCUUCACUUUUCCUCAGUUUCUCAUACGUUUAAUACCAGUAAGGUGGAUUCUCCAUGCCUUGUUUCAUGGUAAGCACCUGGUUGAUUUGGCUGCAUGAGAUUUCGCAGUGUCUGGGUGCUUUUUACUGUCUCAAUUACUUGGAUACACAGGUCUGUAGGGUUGCCUUGUGAACUGGCUAAAAAACAACCUUUUUAUUCUGGGUUGAUAAGUUAAAUUUGCUAGGGUAUUUUUAACCCCAGACAGUUUACACAUCCAUGUCAAAAUAAGCAUCCCCCCCCUUCCUCCUCUCCACUGAAUUUGUAAGCUCACAUGAAGCAAUGUGCUUUCCUGCAGGGAUAGGGAAAAAGUUGGUAUUGUUGUGACAGUCCCUACAGUAAGCCCUGAUGUGAAAAACUAUGUUUUUCGUUGUGUGCGUGACAACAGUGCAGAUACGGGAAAAGAAGUACUGUGUAGCUCUAUACUAGUUCUCCUAGCCUGUAAAACCUGGAAUAGAUAUGUAUUUUUUUAAUGAAUAAUUAGGUUAUGAGGUGCUGCUAAUUAGUUAUUUAUGUAUGGGAAUUACUUCUACUGUAGAUCACUGUGCUCAUAUUUAUGUAUUAAAAAAGACUAAGAAAUAUUAAGGUACAACCCCCUUAAGCACACUGAAACAACAAAGCAAAUGUGAUGUAUUUUAAUUGUUAUUGAAUGCAAUAAAACAGUUUGAAAGCAGUGAAGGGACAGGUUUUUAUAAGAGGCAGAGACCAUAUAUAUAUUUGUCAAGAUAAGCAAAAAGGGUAGUGGGGGAGAAAACUUGAGAUUUGGGUAAAGUAUGCAUGUAAGCUUUGUUGGAGGUCUGACGAGCUUUAUACGAGCAGUAUGACCUAAUUUGCUUUUUGUUUUGAAAGCAUUUUAUGAAACUACCUACAGGAACGCAUGGAAUAAGCUUAGAGAUAUUAAAGAGGUACAGCAGUUUGGCCUACUACAGAACUAUGGUUCGACUAACCAUGCAUCUAAUUGCUAAAAGCAUCAGUCACAAGAAUCCCAAAGAAGAGUACUUUGCACAGUACCUGCGAAGAAUAACGCAUCUGAAUUUAUCAGAUAAAAAUAUAGAUACAAUUGGUGAUCUCUCUUUGUGCAGAAACCUUAGAGUUCUCUAUUUAUAUGAUAACCAAAUCAGUCAUAUCCAGAACUUGGACUUUGCUACAAAUUUAACACGCUUAUACCUGCAAAACAAUUGUAUUUCAUGUAUAGAAAAUCUCUCAUCACUGAAACACCUUGAAAAACUGUAUUUGGGGGGUAAUUGCAUCGCUGUAGUAGAGGGUUUGGAUAAAUUAGAAAUAAGGGAGCUACGUAUUGAAAGUCAACAUCUCCCUCUUGGUGAGAAGCUUCUGUUUGAUCCAAGAUCUCUUAGUUCCUUGGCAAAAUCUUUGUCCGUGUUGAAUAUCAGCAAUAACAACAUUGAUGAAUUAGCAGAGUUAGCAGUUUUGGAAAAUAUUUCUUAUCUUACAGCAGUUGACAAUCAGCUUCAAGAUAUGAAGGAUUUGGAGGUUGUAUUAAACAAAUGGACCAAGCUACGCAGCAUGGAUCUUAGAGGGAACCCUCUUUGUCACAAACCAAAGUACAGGGACAGAAUUAUAGUACAGUCACAAACUUUAGAAUCCCUUGAUGGGAAAGAAAUUAAAGAAAUAGAAAGACAAUUCCUAAUGAAUUGGAAAGCCUCCAAAGGUGCCAGGAAAAAAAACAAAGAAGGAAUGACAAAUGAGCAUGCAGCCUGUCUAGGUUUCUGUGAUUUUGAAACACAUUAUCACAUUCUUCCCUUUUACCACAGUCCAUCUGUGAAGGAAAAAUCAAAUUCUUUAAUUUUAUCUGAGAUAUGCAAAGAUAGAAGAAAACCUCUGCCAAGAACCCACGAAGAAAAAGAAGUUGUAGGAAAACUCAGUAACCUGGCCUUGAAGGAUUCUAAAAGUUCACUGCCAAAAAAAGAUGUAUUUAAACCUUUCCUCUUCAAUCAAAUGCCACUGUAACCAGAGACUACAGAGAUGACUACAUCUUUCUGUUCUCUUAAUUCUCAACAGAAUUAAUUGCUGCGUCAAAAUCAAGAUAAAUCGGAGCCAGCUGUGAAAUGAUCCAUCUAAUAGACUAAUAUUUUAAUUCAAAAAAGAGAUUUGGAGCAAUAAACUCUUCCUUUUUUAGAGAGUUGUGACUAUCAUACUAAUCACUAAUUGCCUAUCUAAUAAAGUUGGAUAUAGUCAGUUAUACAUGGUUUGUGGUAAAGUAUUUUGUAAUAAAAGACUGAGUCUUACCUGAUUUCAUUUGUGUAAGAAAGAAAUGCUUUGACUAUUAGUAAGACUUUGUUUCUAGUGGAACUUGAAAAUUAUCAGGUUUGAUAUAAAUUUAUGUGGACAAAAUUGUUAACUGUCCCUUUGUGUGUGUGUGUGUGUGUGUGUGUGGAAAAAGCUUGUCAGUUUUGUAAUAAAAGAAUGUAUAACACCCCAAAUCUUGAGAUUAUGUCAAUUCAAAUUAGUCUGCGCUUAGUUUGGCAUUGAAGAAAAAAAAAAAAGCUUUUGCUGCAUCAGUCAAUAUCCUGGCAAUAGGCAAAGACCACACAUUCUUUUCUCUUUU